AUGCCGCGGAAGGCGUGGUUACACCCAGGCAGCGUUGGCAUCCAGCUGGUGCGCAAGCUGAAGAUCGGAGGUCGCGCCUUCCUGGGCUGGAACCAUGGCCCAGUAAUGAGCAACUGGGAGUGGUUGAUGUGCUUCGAAGAUAGCCAAAACAUUGCCAAAACGAAUGGCAUCGCUGAAAGCGGCGUGAAAGUUGACUUUGACGCUGUUGAAGAUGGAUACCUCUUUCCCCCACAUACCAAGGUGCUGGAGGACAAGAGGUCGUUCCUGUACCAAUACCCAGCCUAUUCCAUUUUCUUGACUCGGCUGGCGUGA